AUGCCGUCCUAUACACACGCAGAGAUUAUAACUUCGUCGUACAAGUACUUGCCGAAUCUACCUGCCAACAUGGUGGGGCUAGUCAUGUACUCCCUGACGUUCAUUCUGCAGAUCCUUUUCGGGACAUGGACGAAGCAAUGGUGGUUUUUAGUUUGCUGGUUCUGUGCCACCGGGUUAGAAGUAGCCGGAUUCUCUGGACGAGUGGCAUCCUACUACGAGUUGCAGAACAAAGAAGCCUAUAAGGCACAGUUGGUGGGCACCAUUCUCGCGCCUGCAUUCCACAUGGCGGGCAUCUAUUAUCAGCUGGCCAAAAUCAUCACCAUCUAUGGGCAAAGAUUUUCUCCCCUCAAGCCGAUGACCUAUUCUGCUAUUUUCAUCGUGGCCGAUGUCGUAUCUAUUGUUAUUCAGGCAGCCGGUGGCGGUACUGCGGCAGGAGGUGACGAUGACAAUGACCGCGACACAAUCAGGACAGGCGGGUGGAUCAUGGUGGCCGGUAUCGCCGUACAGGUCGUCAUGAUGUCCAUUUUUAUUCUUGCCUUCAGUUAUGUUAUUUGGAAAAUUAAGACCAGCAACGAGGCGGAAUACGAGUCCAGGUACGCCCACGUACGCCGGCGACCGAUGUUCAAGUUUUUUAUUCCGGCUUUGUGUGUGGCCAUCUUGUUCAUUUACAUCCGUUCGAUCUACCGUUUGGUUGAGCUGUCCGAAGGAUGGACUGGUUAUCUGAUGACAACAGAGCGCUUCUUCCUGGUUCUGGAUGGCCUAAUGGUUCUGAUUGCCACAGUCACUUUAACCGUAGUUCACCCGGGAUUCUGCCUUGGCCGCGACACAAUUCCUGUUGAAGGACUGCAUUAUAAACGCGGCCAGGCACCUCCGCACACGGAUGAGGACGAAGACAAGCUCAACCUUUACGUCGCUGAAGAAGACGCUAGCUACUAG